AUGAGUGAAUCAAAAACGCAAAAGGCCAAAGAGACGAGCACCAAAGAUACUCUCUCAAAAGCCACAAUUAUCCCAAGAAAACAUCAUAAUCAUAAUAAUAAUAAUAACCUUGUCCAACAAAAACCAAUAAAUAAAAAAGAAACCCCAAAUCCCAAAGCCAUUCAUUUAAUCGACCUCCUCGAUCUUGGGACCCGCUCCUCCAGAAGCCGGAGGCACCUCAUCAUCAUCCAUGGGGCCGUCACCACCCGCACCUUGGUACAUCUUAGCUAUGAUGGGGUUGCAGAUUCCCUCGAGCUCCUUCAUCUUAUCCUCAAACUCAUCAGCCUCUGCCAGCUGGUUCCCAUCAAGCCACUGAAUGGUCGACUCAAUAGCAUCCUCAAUCUUCUUCUUGUCAGCAGCAGGCAGCUUGGAAGCAAUCUUCUCAUCCUUGAUAGUGUUCCUCAUAUUGUACGCAUAGUUCUCGAGCGCAUUCUUCGCCUCGACCUUCUUCUUGUGCUCCUCAUCUUCCGACUUGUACUUCUCAGCCUCUUGAACCAUCUUCUCAAUCUCAUCCUUGGAAAGUCUGCCCUUAUCGUUAGUGAUAGUGAUCUUGUUCUUCUGACCGACAGUCAUCACACCUCCAGCAGUCUCGAGGCCGAGAGAAAGAGGAGUUACGUCGAGAAGCAAAAGGUCUUGCACCUUCUCGUUACCUUCGCCACUCAGAAUGGCGGCCUGGACAGCAGCACCGUAAGCAACAGCCUCGUCAGGGUUGAUGCUCUUGCAAAGCUCCUUCCCGUUGAAAAACUGCUGAACUUUCGGGAUCCUAGUCGAGCCACCGACGAGGACGACAUCGUGUACAGUGCUUUUAUCCAUCUUGGCAUCUCUCAAACACUUCUCGACGGGCUCCAUACACUUCCUGAAGAGAUCCAUGUUCAGCUCCUCGAACCUGGCACGGGUGAUAGUGGAGUAAAAGUCAACGCCUUCGUAGAGAGAGUCAAUCUCGAUUGUGGUCUGGGCAGUGGACGAGAGAGUCCUCUUCGCACGCUCGCAAGCGGUCCUCAGCCUGCGAAGAGCACGCGGGUUGCCGGUGAUAUCCUUCUUGUGCUUCCUCUUGAAUUCCUGAACGAAAUGGUUCACCAUUCGGUUAUCGAAAUCUUCUCCUCCGAGAUGGGUGUCUCCAGCAGUGGCCUUAACCUCGAAAAUUCCUUCCUCAAUGGUCAAGAGAGAGACAUCAAAAGUGCCGCCUCCAAGAUCAAAAAUCAAGACAUUCUUUUCGCCAACGCUCGUUGCUUUCUUGUCGAGACCGUACGCAAUGGCUGCAGCUGUGGGCUC